UGACAGAUACUUUUCAUUCCGUGAGCUACCUUUUCGAUUGAAGCGUCGUCUUUCCGCUGAUCCGUCUCUCUCUUUUCCACCAUGUCUCUGUGCCGUCAGAACUACGCCGAGGCCUCAGAGGCUGCCGUCAACAAACAAAUCAACAUGGAGUUCGAAGCCAUGUAUGCCUACACUGCCCUGGCUGCUUUCUACGCCCGCGACGACAUAGCUCUGGGCAAGGUUUCGGCCUACUUCCAGAAGAGCGCUGAUGAGGAGAAGGGACACGCCGACAAGCUUAUCAGCUACCAAAACCUGCGUGGAGGCCGUGUCUGCUUCACCGACAUCAAGACCCCGCAGAAAACCGAAUUCAAGUCUGUGGAGGAGGCCUUCCAGACUGCCUUGGACCUCGAGAAGCGUGUCAACCAGUCCUUGUUGGACUUGCACAAGGUUGCCUCGGACAGCAACGAUGCCCAGAUGACUGACUUCAUCGAGGGUGAGUUCCUCGGCGAGCAGGUGGAUGCCAUCAAGGAGCUGUCCGAUCACGUCGCCAACCUCAAGCGUGUUGGUCCAGGCAUGGGUGAGUGGCACUUCAACCAAGCCCUGUAGAUUAUGAAUUUUCAAUUUUCGCAUGCCUGAAAUUCGACAGCAGGUACGCCGUUGUGUACGCAUGCGUAUGGCCACGGUUAUUUGGUUUCUUUUCAAGCUUUCAGAAAGUUUAACGUUCUUUUUUACUGCGACAUUCUCACACUUAGGUCAAGGUCAUGCGUAUGAUCGUAUGCACCAUCAAUCAGCAAUGGACAUCCUUCUCUGAACACAA